UACCACUGUUAACAGAGGUAAGCAGCAUUUCGUUAGCAUUUUUGACGAAAGGAAAACAAAACUGGGAAUUAAGGAAGCGACCAAGGGCUCCGUAAUUCUGUCUUUCCUUCCUCUCUGGUAAAAUCAAAUUCUCAAUCGUCGACUUUCUCAAAUCUGCCGUUAUUGAAUUAUUUUUCGUUGAAGCACUUGUUAGCUGGAUCGAUUCAGACUCCGUCCUGUUUCGCUUCUCCCUCUUUUUGGUGUUUUUUUUUUUUUUUCAAUGAGUCUAAUUUUGAAGAUUCUUUCCUUUUGCUGAGUCCCAUUGACUAGUGAAUGAGGAUGGGAUUACAAUCUUCUGGUAAAUUCCUUGAAUUUGCUAGAGGAUUACAACACCAUCCCACUUGUUCGCCAUCCACUUUCUGAAUUUUGCCCAUCGACAACCUUUCAAGUCUGUUUAUUAUAUCUUUACUGCAUCAUCUGCACACGCAUAGAGCACCGCCCGUGGGUUUUUCUUCUCUCCAGGGAGAAGUGGGUUACUUAUGGACGAGGUUUGUACUGGUACUACAAGGGUUGAGGAAUCGAGCUCAACAUCAUCCUCAUCCACAUCGAGGCUGAUAUCCUGGCGUCCUAAGCCGCUCGCCUUCCGUCCUUAUUCCCCAAUUCUUGACACUAGUGCAAAGCCCCAAGUUUUACGAGUGGUUGUUAGAAGACCGCUGGUUGCUCGGUUGACUAAGGAUAUCGUUGAGAUAUACCAAAUAUGCAACCCUCAGUUCCGUUAUUCGGAAGAGUUAAAUCUAAAGAGAUUCUUGACAUCACCAUCUACCGGACUGUCGAAUGAUGGUUGUGAUAAUGCGAACUCAGACCUAAUUCUUGCUGUAAAUUAUUCGCUGGUUAAUACAGAUACAAAUCGAAGGUACAUUGUCAAGGACGUUCUUGGUCAUGGGACAUUUGGGCAGGUUGCGAAGUGCUGGGUUGCCGAGACGAAUAGUUUUGUUGCUGUUAAGAUUAUCAAGAACUUACCUGCUUAUUACCAGCAGGCACUUGUUGAAGUCUCUAUUCUAACAACGUUAAAUAAGAAGUUUGAUCCUGAGGAUAAGCACCACAUUGUUCGAAUAUAUGAUUAUUUUGUGUGUCAGCGUCACUUGUGCAUCACUUUUGAGCUGCUUGAUACUAAUCUGUACGAGCUGAUAAAGUUGAAUCAUUUUAGGGGAUUGUCAUUGAGCAUUGUGCAGCUAUUCUCAAAACAGAUAUUGCGUGGAUUGGCUCUUAUGAAAGAUGCUAGCAUAAUUCAUUGCGAUCUAAAGCCAGAAAACAUUCUUUUAUGCACAAGUGUGAAGCCAGCAGAAAUCAAAAUCAUAGAUUUUGGAUCAGCCUGUAUGGAAGAUCGGACUGUUUAUUCUUAUAUACAGAGUCGGUACUAUAGAUCACCUGAAGUUCUUCUUGGAUAUCAGUAUACUACAGCUAUUGACAUGUGGUCAUUUGGGUGCAUUGUUGCUGAAUUGUUUCUAGGGCUUCCAUUGUUUCCAGGAUCUUCAGAGUUUGAUCUUCUCAGGAGGAUGAUUAAAAUACUAGGGUAUGAAACUUUACCUUUUGGUCCUGAUACAAUCCUCUUAUUCAUUUCUUUUAAUUCUGAUUGUGCAAUUUGGUGUAAUGUUUCUGUGAAUCAGAGGGAAUCAAAAAAACCAUCAAUCGGGAAGGAGUACUUUCAUCAUAUGAACCUUGAAGAAAUUGUCACAAAGUACCCUUACAAGAAGGAUUUGACAGAGGAAGAGAUUGUUAAAGAAAGUCAAAUACGAUUAGCAUUGAUUGAUUUCUUAAGGGGUCUCGUUGAGUUUGAUCCAGCAAAACGGUGGUCACCUUUGCAGGCUUCAAAGCAUCCCUUUAUCACCGGGGAACCCUUCACAUGUCCAUAUAAACCUGCUCCAGAGACCCCUUACAUGCCUGUUUCUCAAAAUGUUAAGGUUGACCAUCACCCAGCUGGGGGCCAUUGGUUUGCUGCUGGUCUCUCCCCUAAUAUUUCAGGCAGGAACCGAGCAGUGAUGCCAAACAGCCCGCAUUACCAAUUAAUGUCAUAUGUGCAUCCAGGUAGUUAUGGUAGCUUAGGAAGCCAUGGAAGUUACAAUGAUGGCACGGGACUUGGAAGCAGCUAUGGAAGUUAUGGUGACAAUUGCAAUUUUCAUGGAUUUUAUUCCCCCGCCGGUCCAUCUGGAAUGAAUGUCUAUGCACAAAGUGGUAUCUCAAUUCUUGGGAGUAGUCCUGAUACUAGGCGCAUCAUGCAACCACCGCACGGGAAUGGAAUUGGUUUUAGCCCUGGAAUUUUUGCGCCUAUGUCGCUUGGUUCCAGUCCUUCGCAAUUCACUCCUCCUAGCUCCUAUAGUCAUAUUUCAGCUGGUUCACCUGGACAUUUCGGUCCUCCUUCUCCUGUAAGAGGCAAUUGUCAGGGAUCACCUUUGGGAAAAAUGGCAUAUGGUAGCCAUUACAACAGAAGAAAUAACUGGGCCUAUCAUGGGAAUUAUCAAUCCCAAGAAACUGUAUCAUCUUCUAGCUGUCAAGGACUUGUUGCUGAUAUUAACACCUGUUGCCAGUCUGAGGGCAACUCUUCUGUAUUUGUUGGCUCUCCAUCACACCGACUGCCCAUCCCAAAUGCAUCAACAUGGAGAACACAACAAGGAGGCAGGGGUGUAAUCUCUGAUUACUCCUCUUCGCAUAUGCAAACUGUUCAAGGGAGUGGAUACGACAAGUCUGAGGCUAGUAACUCGUUGCCCGAUCCUGGAGAUUGGGAUCCCAAUUACAGUGACGAAUUACUUUUGCAAGACGAUAGUUCAGAUAUGAACAGCAUGGCUAGCGACUUUAACAAGGGGAUGCACUUGAAUCAACCUUUAAUCUCUUCUGAAACAGGAAGAUCCAGUCGCAUAUCAGAUGCCUCAACGCAAAGGCAUGAUGGGCAUAUUCAGUCUGGAGAAGCAGGCAGUAGUAAUGCAGCAGCAAUCCAUGGUUAUGCCCAUAGUCAGACAAAGAAUCAAUCAUAUUUUAUGCCGAGCCGUUUGGGGCAGCAGCAGCAGAGGCAAUAUCUAGGGAGAUCAGCACCAUUUCGUGAUGUAAAUGUGCAGGCGGCCGCACAUCCUCCUCCUCCUCCUCCUCAAUAUUCACAUUCUCCUGGAAGCAAGGACGUACGUCCAACACAACCUGGGCUCCUCCCCCCUGGAGGACGUAGAGGCAAUGUAUCCAAUGCUCAUCCUGCUGCUGCAUUUUAUGGAAAAAAGGAUCAUGGAAGGAAUGGCUGAAUAAAAUUGAAUUACUUUUAUAAUUAUUUUUUUUAUUAUUAUUAUUAUUAUUAAUAUAUUGAAAUACUGUCAUCAUGUCUGCCUCCGUUGUGGGUUAUUGUCUUGUUGUCAAUUUUCUAAUGUACUAGUAGUAUUCAUUCACUUUGGUCUACUCGGUUGGUUUUUAAAAAAUCCAAAAGCUAAAAAAAGCUUCAUUUAUUACACCAGAGCAUUUCAAAUGCCAAUUAGUUGUGUUCAGGAAUGGAAUGUCAUCAUCUGCUUUUAACUGA